UAGACGAAAAUUGAAAAUGGUGCCCCUAUUUUUCAAGAUCGUAAAGGAAAAUUUUACAUACAUUCAAAUCAAUAUACAAUGACAUAAUCAAAAACACUGUUUUAAGAUUAACACAGUAAAUUCAAAUACAAAUAAAUAUAUAAAUUAGUAUAUACUACACAUGUAAAGAUUUUUUGGUGCCCCUGGGACAGUGGUGCCCUAGGCGGCCGCCUUGGUCGCCUUACCCAAGGGCCGGCCCUGCAAAUUACAUAAUCCGCAUAUCCUGCACGUCACGUGACGAGGCAUGUGCAUUUGUUAUCUCCGUUAUCGUCUUCCCGCUUGUCAUCGUUUUAAAAUCGACCUCAUUUGCAUACAUACACACCUAUACAUACAUUUAUACACACACUUCUCUCAGUAAUAAUGGAACCCGAUCUGCCGCUGCUCGAGAUCUCUGGCGAAGACGAUUCUCUAAUUCAACAAACUCCUACUUCCCUAAACGACGCCGUUAAAGUCGCCGACUCUUUCUUCUCACUCUCGCCGAUGCAACUCCCGAUAUCUCCGAUUAAACAGAGCAUGGAAAACAAUGUGGCUCCAAAGAGACCAAGUUGUUUAUCUCCAAAAGCCAUCAACAAAGAGAAUAUGAAUUUUAACAAGGCAGAGGGCCCAAAACUUACUCCUCAUCAAAUGAAAAGGAGAAAAAGAGGUUACAAUCUACGAAAAAGCUUAGCUUGGGACAAAGCCUUUUUUACUGAAGAAGGUGUUUUGGAUCCUGAUGAACUAUCAAUGAUUAGUGGGACAUAUGGUAACUCAUGUGGAGAGGCAUUGUCUGCUAUUAGUGAAGAAAGAACAAAGUCACCCUACAGUAGUUCCAAGUACAGAUUUGUUUCUGAAAAUUUGCAGGCAUCCUCAGCAAAUAAGAAUAUAAACAAUGGUGCUAUGUUGCUUCCUCGACGUAAUUUAGUAGCUGCUGAGUCUAAGGUAACAGAGGAAGUUUGUUCAAAUAGUAGUAGCUGUAAUAGAAGUGGGAUUAAGACUGGUAGAUGUCCAAGACCUUUGCCGCCAUCUACUCUAAAGAGACCUGCACAUGUGCAUAAUACCAAAUCUGCAAAGAAGGAUUCACAUCUUCCUAAAAUUCCAGAUUACAAGUCUGGUCUUCAUUCACUUCCAAGAACUUCUAAGAUCAGCAUGCUUGGGACAAGCCAGUUGAAGCAUAAUCCAACAGUAAUCACUCACAAGAAUUUGUCUCUUGAAGGCUCCUGUAAAAUAGUCAAAAGUACUCAAAAUAAAGAAAAAUCUGUUUCCAAGUGUACACAGUUACCCUCCAAAGCUUCAGUUCAACCUUCUAAAGAGAAUAUGGUGAACACAUCAUCGGAAGUUAAUGUACUCACCAAUGCACAAACUUCACAUUCUAGAAAACUUACUAGGAUUUCAGAGCCAAAUCAGAAUACAGUUAUUCCUUCUAGUACAUUACUUUCAGGUGAAGGUCUGAACAGACCAAAGGAAGUUGCAGGUUUGCUUCCUCAGAGAACUUCUAUUACCGUAGGGAACGAGUCUCAGCUUCAGAAAAUGAAACCAUCAGGUUUGAGAAUGCCGUCGCCAUCAUUAGGCUAUUUUGGUCAGAAUAAUACUCAACCUAGCAAUAUUCCGAAGUGUACUGCAAUUGGUUCCCGAAAAUUCGUUCGCGACUUUAGGGCGCCACAUGCACCAAGUAACAAAUCUAUGGACAUUCCAGAAAAUUCAGUAAGUGCGCAAUGCUCGGAACUUGGUCCUUCUAAAGCUGCUAUGCACAAAGCAAUCAAGUCAGAUUUAAUGGUCAGUAAUAUGAAGAAUGUUAACAUAACACUCGUGCCGGAUAAAAGUUCUGAAUCUAAAAGGUCUAAGCCUGACAUGCAUGGUGAUUUUGUUACUGAAGAAACUGUUGGCAGACAUGGGAAACAGAAAUAUAUUAAUGAUAUUACUGAUCUGUUGGAUACCAAUAUACAGAUCACAAAUAAUCUAAAGGUCUUAAAAAGUGGAACCUGUGAGAAGUCACGAGAAGAUAACCAUGGAAGAAGAAUUUCUACACAUGGUAACUUUACUUUGACUUCUGAGCAAUUUGGAGAAGAAUCAAACCUGUCUAGUUUAGACACUAUGUUUGAUCCGUGCUUUAUGAAUAGUGUAGAGGCCUACAGAAAGGACAAGGAUGCAAGUACAUCAACCAGAAAACAAGCUGAAAGGGGUACAGAACCUAAUUGUACAAAAAUAACUCAGCAUAAUCCUGUUCCCUUCUGCAAUGAUUGGUUGGCUUCUGUUGAUGGUGCCAAUGAGGAGCAUGAUGAACCCUUUAUGCAACUACCGGAACCAGUAAAACUUUUUGCAUGUGAUGCUAAUCAAGGCUCUUAUGUGGAAAUUCACUCACUUGGUUGUGAUAUCUCAAAAGAUACAAGUAGCAAUAUGGAAGAUAAUGAUGUAAAAGCUCUAUCUUCCUGUGGAACUGAGCGGAAAAGCAAUGAAUUUCUGUGUAAAAGCAAACACUCUGGGCAGGAGAAUGAAGCUACUACUAUUGUUCAUCAACUAUCUGAUAGUACAGAUCUGACAGGACAACUACAGGACCACAACGAUAUAGAGAGGAAAUCUAGUAUUUUAAUGGAUAAUUUAGAGCUUCAAAGUCCUUGCCUUAGAGUGGAAUGCUACCAGUUUAACUCUCAAUUUUAUUCUAAAGAAUUCCGAGGUGAAAAGGUCAAUACAAGUGAUGAGUUUGUCAUUCAAGAAAGAAGCAGGGGUAGUAAAAGUGAAAGAAAUUGUUCUGAGGUCAUUUUUGCCCUAUCACCAGCCCAAAAUCAAGAUGCUGAAUUUGAUAUAACUCUAUUAACUGAGCAACCUUCUUUAAAGGCACAAUUUGAUCUUGUAGAGGUUAGUCCGGCAGUUGACAUUCAAAACUGCUCCACUGAUACACAAUUCAGGCAUGAAGUUUUGCCCUCUGAUAACACUACUUCCUUAAAUGCGCACAAGCCUUUUUUAGGUGAAGUAUGUGGCUCACUGGUCCAAUGCGAUCAGGCUUUAAAACAUGAAAGCGACGAAAGUGUUGCACAUAGCUCUAGAGAUAAUGCUAUCAUGGAGUGUGUUGCAGAUGAAUCUUGGUUAGACAGUACUGGAGAGGGCAAAACUGUUGAUGUUUCGCAAAACGAUUACUCUGGCAGAAUUGUAGAGGAAAGUUUGAUGUUACGAACUUCAAAUAAUUCUGAAUUUGCAAACUUGGAGUCGGCACAUGAAGAUACAAAUGGAAUAGAUAAUCUGAGCAGCAAGUCUUGUAUUCAAAUAUCACAUGGGCAACAUAUGAACAUUAUUGCAACAAGUGAGCAAUUUGAAGAGGAACAAAACCUAUCUACUUCAGGCAUUGUAUCUGAUAAGUGUUCUGGGAACAGUGACAAUACCUACGUGAAUGACAGUGAUGCAACUUUAUCAAUGAAGCAUUCUGAAAGUGGGAGAAAAUGUAAUAGUUUGAUAGUACCACAACCAGAUGCUGUUCCGUUCUCUGAUGAAUGGUUGGCUGCUAUUGAAGCUGCUGGCGAGGAUAUAUUGACAAAGAAAAGCGGUGCUGUACAAAAUUCACCUACCGACAAAUCCCUUCCAGAACCAAGUCCAUGGUCUCCGGUGAAACGAAAGAUCAAUGAGAUUGGACCUUUUGAUUGUACAAAAUGCAUCAACACCCAGCCUGCGGAUUUGUAGCAAGCUAACUCUGUAUGAGUCAGGUUUUGUUCUUCACUUGGCAAUUAGCACUGAUAUAAAAUGAGAACCCGGUUAGUCUAGCCGUGUCUUCUUUGGAAAUGUAUGUAUGUAUAUGAACACGCUUAUGUUCAGUUAGUUUUAUCUUGUUCACAUCAAAAAGUUAGAAGUUCUUUGACAAGCCUUAUUGAUGAUCCUGAAUUAUAGUCCAUAACAAGCCUCACUCACGUUAGUAACGUACUAACCUGAGUGACUACAUGAAACCAUGAAAUGAUCUGUGGGCAAUGCAUUGCUAUUCAAUUUUAUAGCUUAUAUUUUCAUCU